GGAGGGGACAGACCCCAUUGGCCUAGCAGUGGGAAGGGAGGUCCUGGAGCCAGGGUCACAGCUCCAAAGGGGACAUCCUCAGAGGGGCACCCAAGACCUGAGGGAGAUAGACAAGCAGAGAGUAGAAGCGAUACUACAAAAGAGAGACAACCUAAGAGGCAAAGAGAAAAAAAAAAAAAAAAAAAAGAUAUAAGGACCCAUCAGAGGCAGCCGAAGCCAGACCUGGUAGAAGCUCAGCUGCUAAACGUCCCUAUGGGCUACCAGGGGCCAUGGUUUCAUACUUGUCUCCUUUGGGCCACAGUGACCAACCUAUUGGUCCCUCCAGUAGUGACCCAGGAGCUGAGAGAGGUCAGGCUGGGCCUCGGCAACUGGAACAUCAAUGCUGGCCUCCCUGGGUCCUCAGAGGACAUUUCAACUGAGUUUGGCCACCACAUCCACAGCCAUGGGGGCCAUCAAGGUGAGAAGGACAAAGAUCCCAGAGAAGAGGAUGAAGGUUUCUCCAGGGAGCAUGACCACCGGCUCCAAGACCACAGGUACCCUGGCCGCGAGGCUGGAGAGGAGAAUGUUUCUGAAGAGGUCUUCAGAAAGCAUGUUAGACCGGUCCAUGGGCACAGAGACCGCGACAAUGAAGAUCUGGGAAGGCCUGGGAACCACUUCCCCAGACAAAGGAGCAACAUCCAAGAAGAUGAGGAGGAGGAGGAUGGCAUUGUCUCCAGUGAGUAUCACCGCCAUGUCCACCACGUCCGCCAUGUCCACAGAGGGGAAGAUGAUGAUGGAGAAGAGGAGGAGAGGGUGGAAGUAAAGGAAGACGCAGAUAAUAAGCACCAGGCCCGCCAUCACCAGAGCCACUCAAAGGAAGGAGAUGAGGAGGAGUCAGACAAACUCCAUCAUGCCCACAGCCACAGGCAUCAAGGCCACGAAGAUGAAGAUGAAGAUGGUGACUCCACUGAGUAUGGACACCAAGCUCACAGACAUCAGCACCGAGAGGAGGAAGACAAUGGUGACUCAGAUGAAGACAACCAUGCCCGCAGCCACAGGCUUCAAGGCCAAGAAGAUGAAGGUGAAGAUGAGGAUGGUGACUCCAGUGAGCAUGAACACCAGGCCCAGGCCCACCAAGGCCACAACGAAGAAUAUGAUGACGAUGACGACGACGACGACGACGACGACGACGACGAUGAUGAUGAAGAUGACUCCCCUGAACCUGGGCACCAGGCCCAAGGCCACAGAAAGGAAGAUGAGGAUGAGUCAGAUGAAGUACAUUAUCAUGUCUCCAGGCAUGGACGCCGAGGCCAUGAAGAAGAAGAUGAUGAUGAUGAUGAUGAUGGUGAUGGUGACUCCACUGAGCAUGGGCACCAAGCCCACAGACACAGAGGCCAUGAAGACGAUGGUGAUGAUGAAGAAGAUGAAGAUGAGGAUGAUGGUGACUCCUCUGAGCAUGGGCACCAAGCCCACAGACACAGAGGCCAUGAAGAUGAUGGUGAAGAAGAAGAUGAAGAUGAGGAUGAGGAUGAUGGUGACUCCACUGAGCAUGGGCACCAAGCCCACAGACACAGAGGCCAUGAAGACGAUGGUGAUGAUGAAGAAGAUGAGGAUGAGGAUGAGGAUGAUGGUGACUCCUCUGAGCAUGGGCACCAAGCCCACAGACACAGAGGCCAUGAAGAUGAUGGUGAUGAUGAAGAAGAUGAGGAUGAGGAUGAUGGUGACUCCUCUGAGCAUGGGCACCAAGCCCACAGACACAGAGGCCAUGAAGACGAUGGUGAUGAUGAAGAAGAUGAGGAUGAGGAUGAUGGUGACUCCUCUGAGCAUGGGCACCAAGCCCACAGACACAGAGGCCAUGAAGAUGAUGGUGAUGAAGACGAUGAAGAUGAUGGUGACUCCACUGAGCACGAGCACCAAGCCCACAGACACAGAGGCCAUCAGAAGGAAGAAGAUGAGGAUGACUCAGAUGAGGACCACCAUCAUGUCCCCAGCCAUGGCCACCAAAGCCACCAAGAUGAGGAAGAGGGUGCUGUAUCCACUGAACAUUGGCACCAGUCUCCCAGACGAGCUCACCAUGGUCUUGGACGUGAGAAUCAAGAAGAGGAGAUAAGAGGCCAGUUCAGCCACCAUACUGUAAGCCACCAACCCCAAGGCCACAAUUCUGACAAGGAGGAGGAGUUCCUCGAUGAAUAUAUGACAGAAGUCCCUGGCCAUCACCACCACAGAGUCUCCAGAGAUGCAGAUGAGGACAUUUCUGCUGAGGUUGGCCAUGAGGCCCCCAGGCACAGGUCACAAGGGCAAGAGGAAUGGACCAGGCAGGGUCACAGAGCAUCUGUCCAAGGUGAGAUUGGUCAUCAGUCCUCACAGCCCACGGGGCCUGGUUCUGGCGGAUCAAGAAAGGAAGAUGACCACAGCUCUCAGAAGGAAGAUGAAGACUUAGAACAGAGAGAAGCACACAGUGAGGAGGAGGCGGCGGAGGAGGAGGGUCACGGCCUUUCCAUGAGCCAGGAAGAUGAGGAAGAGGAAGAAAAAGAUGAGAAAAAGAGCAAGAAAUAUAGGGCUGAGGUUUUGGCUUCACUGAGGCGUCACAAGAAGCAGCAGCAGCAGCAGGAGGAGGAGGAGGAGGAGGAAGAGGAGGAGGAGGAGGAGGAGAUCCUGGAAGAAAACCUGCUACCUUUCACCAUCAUCCCAAACCCAUUGGCUGGGAGGGAGGUGGCCAGAGAAGGUUCCAGUGAGGAGGAGAGCCGGGAGGUCACAGGUCAGCAGGAUACCCAGGAGUAUGAGAACUACCAGCCAGGGUCCUUGUGUGGCUACUGUUCUUUCUGCAAUCGAUGUACUGAAUGUGAAAGCUGUCACUGUGACGAGGAGAACAUGGGGGAACACUGUGACCAAUGUCAGCACUGCCAGUUCUGCUACCUCUGCCCGCUGGUCUGCGAAACCCUCUGCACUCCAGGAAGCUACAUCGACUAUUUCUCCUCCUCCCUGUAUCAAGCCCUGGCUGACAUGCUGGAGACUGCAGAGCCCUGACCUGGCCACCUGACAAGAGCUGACUCUAUUUCUCUGAAUAAAUGAGCUCCUG